GAGGCCACUCCUCUUCCUCUGCACAAACAAGGAAAUCGAAAGUUAUCUCUGAUACUCCUCUGCGCCGUUUGUUAGUGAGUGUCAAAAUGGCAGAGGCAUUUUUUGAAGAUCAGGAUUCAUUUAGCUGUUCAAUCUGCUUGGAUAUACUGAAGGAUCCGGUGACUACUUCCUGUGGACACAACUACUGUAUGUGCUGUAUUGAGGGCUGCUGGGAUCAGGACGAUCUGAAAGGUGUUUACAGCUGCCCAGAGUGCCGACAGACCUUCGUCCAAAGGCCUGUUCUGAACAGAAACACGUUGCUGGCUAAAGUGGUGGAGAAACUGAAACAUACUCCUCCUGCUGCUCCUCCUGCUGCUCCUCCUGCUGCUCCUCCUGCUGCUCCUCCUGCUCACUGUUAUGCUGGACCUGGAGAUGUGGAGUGUGAUUUCUGCACUGGGAGAAAACACAAAGCCCUCAUGUCCUGUCUGGUGUGUCUGGUCUCUUACUGUGAGACCCACCUCCAGCCUCACUAUAAUUUCCCUGCCUUAAAGAAGCACAUGCUGGUCAAAGCCUCCACACAACUACAGGAGAAGAUCUGCUCUCAACAUGACAAACUGCUGGAGGUUUACUGUCGUACCGAUCAGCAGUGUAUCUGUCUGCUGUGUGUGAUGGAUGAACAUAAAGGCCAUGAUACAGUCUCAGCUGCAGCAGAGAGGACUGAGAAACAGAAGCAGGUGGGGGAGAAACAACAGAAAUCUCAGCAGAGAAUCCAGGAGAGAGAGAAGGAGAUGCAGGAGCUGAGACGGGCUGUGGACUCUCUGAAGCUCUCUGCACAGGCAGCCGUGGACGUCAGCGAGAAGAUCUUUGCUGAGCUGAUCCGCACCAUGGAGACACGGUGCUCUGAGGUGAAGGAGCUGAUCAGAGACCAGGAGAAGGCUGAAGUGAGUCAGGCAGAAGGCCUCCUGGAGCGACUGGAGCAGGAGGUGGCUGAGCUGAGGAGGAGAGAUGCUGAGCUGGUGCAGUUCUCUCACACAGAGGACAACAUCCACUUCCUCCAGAGGUUCAAAGACCACACUGCCCCCCCUGUUUCUGAAGAGAUGCCUGCCAUCAUCCUUAACCAAAGUCAUGAUUUUAAGAUGGUGAUGACCUCUGACCUCCAGAAAAAGCUGAUGCUCUGCUGUAAGAAGGGAGUGGUGAAGAUAUCAGCAGCAGUGAAAGCUGUCCACAUACUGCAGUCAGCAGAGCCAAGCACUCAAGCAGCAGCAUCUGUCGCACAAUAUCACGGAGAGUAUUAUCAAAAAUACUCUUUCAGGGAUUUGCGUUCAUUGUUGCAAGGUAAAAAUGAGGCAUGGCCCCAUGGGUAAAUGUUUAUUGUUUAAUUAAGGAGUGAUAAUACUAUCCUCAUCUUGUAGAUAAACUAUGUGCCCUUAAAAGGAGCAGGAGAGAGUGUGUGUUUGUUGUGUGUCACAGUUCAACUUUUCCUUUUCCUUCACUACAUUCCUAGAUAAGGUAACGUACUGUUUACUCCACUGACACCCAAAAGUACUAGUUUUAGAAUGCUUAGCAGGACAGGAACAUUAUCCAAUUCACGCCCUUAUCAAGAGAACAUCCCUGGUCCUCCCUACUGCCUCUGAUCUGGCGGACUGAAUAAACACAAAUGCUUCAUUUGUAAAUGAUGUCUGAGUGUUGGAGUGUGACCGUGACUAUCUGUAAAUAAAAAUAAA